UUUUUAAGAAGAAAUUAACAACAAAAUGCCUGCCCCAAAACCCUAUGAAAGACCAAAGGAUUUUAUUGAUCCUGGAAAACCAUCAAAAUGUCCAUGGAAAUUGGGUACCAAAGAGAAGACACCACACACUCAACGGGGAAUUGCCCAUCGCCAGAAAAUUAGCGCCAAUAUUUUAGAGACCAUUGGCUGUACUCCUUUGGUAAAACUGAAUAAUAUUCCCAAAUCGGAGGGCAUUAAAUGUGAAAUGUACGCCAAAUGUGAAUUCUUAAAUCCCGGUGGUUCGAUCAAGGACCGCAUUGGCUAUCGUAUGGUACAAGAUGCCGAAGAUAAGGGUCUACUUAAACCGGGCUGUACAAUUAUCGAACCAACCUCGGGUAACACCGGUAUUGGUCUCGCCAUGGCCUGUGCCAUUAAGGGUUACAAAUGUAUGAUUGUUAUGCCCGAGAAGAUGUCCAAUGAAAAGGUGUACGCUUUGCACGCCUUGGGCGCCAAAGUUGUUCGAACACCCAACGAAGCACCGUACGAUUCACCUGAAGGCCUGAUUACUGUGGCCCAACGUUUGCAAAAGGAAAUACCCAAUUCCAUUGUUAUGGAUCAAUAUCGCAAUCCUGGCAAUCCUUUGGCCCAUUACGAUGGUACUGCUGCGGAAAUUCUCUGGCAAUUGGACAAUAAGGUCGAUAUGGUUGUGUGCGGUGCCGGUACGGGGGGUACCAUAACGGGUGUCGCCCGCAAAAUCAAAGAGGAAUUGCCAUCAUGCCAAAUUGUUGGCGUUGAUCCUUUCGGUUCGGUUUUGGCCCGACCCGAAACAUUGAACAAAACUGAUAUUCAAUCCUAUGAGGUGGAGGGUAUUGGCUAUGUUUUCACACCCACCGUCAUGGAUCAUUCGGUAAUCGAUGUUUGGGCUAAAAUCACUGAUAAGGACUGUUUCCCCAUGAGUCGUCGUUUGAUUGCCGAGGAGGGUUUGUUGUGUGGCGGUUCAUCGGGUGGUGCCAUGGCUGCGGCUUUGAGAUUUGCCAAGAACUUGAAGGAGGGACAACGAUGUGUUGUCAUCUUACCCGAUGGCAUUCGCAACUAUAUGACCAGGUUUGUUUCGGAUAAUUGGAUGGAGGCACGUGACUUAAAGGAGGUCACCAAUGAACAUGAACAUUGGUGGUGGAAUGUACCUGUAAGCGAAUUGAAACUCAGCAACCCCUUGACCAUUAAAUCGGAUGUUAAAUUUGCCGAUGCCAUUGAGCUGAUGAAGAAAAAUCAUUUAGAUCAAAUAACCAUUUUGGAUGAGGAGGAUGGUUCCAUUUUGGGCACCGUCGGCCAGGAGACAUUAAUCAAUCAAAUUGUUACCAUGAAUCGUAAAACUGACGAAGUGGUCUUGAAAGCCGUUAACAAGCGUAUCAUUCGUAUACCUUCCUCGGCAAUAUUGGGUAAAUUGGCUCGUAUUUUGGAAGUGGAUCCAUGCGUCCUGAUUGUUGACAAAGAAGAUGGCAAAGAUGUCCUCAAGGGUCUAGCCACUAAACUGGACGUGAUGAGUUUUAUUGCCAGCGGUAAACCAGCCCAAAAUGGUGUUAACGGAACUCACUGA